AUCGAAUUGGAAGAGCUUUGAAACAUGCCCUGUUGCAAGCGUAACGAAAUCCGCCGUAACCCGUGCCGCAGCCCAUCCGUUCUGGCCCGCCUCAACUGCGUUGAAUGCAAUCGACUGCUAAUCUUCAUGGUCGGAGUAGGACUUGGGGCGCUCUACAUACGCAAGUUCAAUGAAGAACCGCAAACUGACAAGAAGAAAAAGUAGUCCCGGUCUAAAGACGGGUCAAAUCAGUCCUCAAGGGAUGCAUCGAGAUGGAUGGUUCUGGACAUUGAACAUCUCAACAAAGCACCCUGCCAGCUCUACACCGCAUCGAUGCCACUUGGAAGGAGUGAUAAGGAUGGUUCUGGAAGUCAAGAAGCUCCGAGUCUCUGAUCAAGCCUUACGCAAGGAUCCGAGAAGUCCAACAGCAGAGCAAUUCGCUUAUUUGGCAAUUGGUAAUCGAUCAAGUUACAAUAAGCAGAAAGUCUGAGGAUCGUCAUCCAGUUAUAAGCUUGUGCCAAUGAUUCGAUUAUACCAUUCUUUCUAAAUCAAGCUGUCUUAAAAAAUAAAAAUCCCGUACCAAAUUGA